UUCUGCACAAGUCGAGACGCCGCCACUCUUGACACAAGACUGACGACAGGAAAGGAUUUUUUUUUUGUUUACAACGCUGCUUGGCGGACGAGCGCCUCAGUGAAAACUUUCAACAUCUGAUUCUUCCGAGAAAGGAUUUAUCGAUUGAUUAACGAUGCCAUCUGACACCUUGGAGAAGCAGACGGGAUCCCCCAUGGCUGGUGCCCCUGCAAACGGGUCACACACGCCGGACAAACCCAAAAACGCUAGCGAGCAUAGAAAGUCAUCUAAGCCCAUCAUGGAAAAAAGGCGAAGAGCAAGAAUAAACGAAAGUCUCGGCCAACUCAAGACGCUCAUCCUGGACGCACUAAAGAAGGAUAGCUCCAGACACUCCAAGUUGGAGAAGGCGGACAUCCUGGAAAUGACAGUGAAACACUUGAGGAACCUGCAGCGCGUGCAGAUGAGUGCAGCCGCGCUCUCCCCUGACGCCACCGUGCUGAGCAAAUACAGGGCCGGAUUCAACGAGUGCAUGAACGAAGUCACGCGCUUCUUAUCCACUUCGGAGGGGGUGAAUGUGGAGGUGCGCUCGAGGCUUCUCACUCACCUGUCCGGCUGCAUGGGUCAGAUGAUGGCCAUCAACUACUCGCAGCAGGCCCCGUCUCAGCAAGCUCACAUCGCCCAGCCCCUGCACGUCCAACUGCCCUCUACCUUGCCCAUCAACCCCGGCGCUGGCAUGGCCCCCAAACUCAGCCCAGCUGAGGCCGCUUCACCCAAGGUGUUCGGCGGCUUCCAGCUCGUGCCGGCAUCUGAUGGACAAUUUGCUUUCUUGAUCCCCAACCCAGCUUUCGCGGCAGCCACGGCCCCGGUGAUCCCCCUGUACGCAAACGCGGGGCUGCCGGUGGCUGUCAACGGACCCCCGGUGCCCACCGCCGCAUCCCCGGUCCACGGCAUGACCUCCUUCUCCGGGGGAUCUCAAGCAGUCAGCCCGGUGGGAGUGAGCCCUGGUCCCGACAGCGGCGAGGCCGUGUGGCGACCGUGGUAGCCCCUCACUUGAAAAUUUGGACUGCCAUUUAAACUUUGGAAGUCAGACCUGCAGCUGUUUUGAGGAUUCAACAUGUGAAGUUUCUGUAAUGCCAAAAGUUUGAUGUGGCUCUUGUUGUUUCGUUUUAUGGAACAGAAGCCUUAGAUGAAACGUUAUGAUUCAUCACCACCUCCAACAAUUGGAUUUUGGUGAGAAUAACAUGUAUGGAGAUGUGUUGAUAGGAUUUUUGUUAUAAAGUACUUUUUAUAAAAAGGUUUAGUUUUGUACAGAGUUGUUAUUGAUUGUUAUACCAAAGCUGCUUUUCUAUUCUUUCUGUUUGUUUGUUUGUUUGUUUGUUUGUUUGUUUGUUUGUUUGUUAAAGAUAAAACUGGUGUUCUCCCAGUGUUUGAAUAAAUAAUAAUGAAAAAUACAGUUUUCGUUUAGUCAUUUAUCAUGUCUGCCUCUUAUAUUUUCAUAUACAUUAAUAAACAGGUGCACAUGCCUUGUUUUAUUUUAUUUAUUUUUAAUCUAUAAAUUAAACUGCCCACUCUUUACCCAUUAAACUGGCUGCCAUUGACGGCAGUAGACGUCCAAUCCAUUUUGAGUGGGUGAGGAUGGCAGCGAAUAGUCGUUGCAUCCUCUCUCAGUCAAAAUAGAUUGCACGUUUAGUGGCGUCUGUGGCAGUUCAAAAUGAUCAUUCGCAGCCAGUUCUCCUAUGCGUUUAAACGGAACGGACGUCUGUCGUUGUCAAUGGCAGGCAAUGAGUUCAUUUC